GUUACCCUUGCCUACCAGGGCCAUGACUGGAUCAACAAGCAGGCAAUGAUCGCCAUCUCCCUGGUCACUCUCCUUUUCCUCUUCAAGGCGCCUCAUUGCUACUCGGCCUACGUCCUUCCCAGCUCCAACUUCCUGGAGGCGCUACCGUCUCAGAAGACCUACCUGCUGCUCGUGAUGUCAGAGAUGAUGAAUUUCUUGGCCAUCUAUCCAUCCAUCAAUUUUGAACAUUGGUGGACAUUAAACGGCUGGACGCCGGGGGAGAUUGCCGGCUUUGCCCUGGCGGUCGCAGUUCUGAGCCCAUUGGUGGUGUCGUUCGCCUUCUACGCGCUUCAGAGGAUGGCCGUCUGGGGCCCCUGGGUCACGAGGGACUUCACAUGUUGGCUUCCGCCGGGAACAUUGAUUCGCGCCUUGGCCGUCUUUGACCUUGGCUUCCUGAAUCACCGAAACUCCGUCUUCGUGGCAGCCGUCAUUGCAUCCGUCAUCUUGGAUGUCGCGCGUAAUGCGACGGUGUGGUGUUCGAUUUUGGGAAUCCUUGGCAACAAGUGGUAUGCGCUGAAGGGAGGCUACCUCUGCAUGGUUGUCGUGGCCCUCAGUUCAGCGGCUUCCCCCCUGGUAACCAACGAAAUCUCCAUGCUGGUCACCGGUGUGUCCUUGCUUCGCUCAUCGCACACGCUGCAGAGUACGGCGUCGCGGGGUUCCAUGGGCCAGGCCGUGGCCUCUGCUGUGCUCCCGCUGGCUGCUGCAGCGUACGCCUUUCAGCUCUUGGCGAUGCGUUACUUCAAUGCAGACACGGUGAGCUACAAGGGGCACGGAUCACGACAGGCAGACGGGAAUGAGUUCGGCACGGAGGUGUCUUCUGUGCGGCUCGUCGUGAAAGAGAUGAAGAGGAAGCGCAGAGAGAAGGUGAGGCAACUCCUGAACAACAACAGCCAAAGUUUCGAUGUUGGCACGCAGCGCGCGUGGUUUUCGAACAUCUUUUUCAGUCCAACCUCACCAGUGAGCCCGGGUCAGUCGAAUCCGCAGUUCGAGCUCCCGCCCAACUUGAACCCUGCAGCGUCGGAUGAACGGCCGGCUGCUGUGGUGGAGUAUAGCGAGUCCUGGGGAAAAGUUCUGGAGAGCCACAUGGAGGGCAAGAGCAUCGAGGAGUACGUCAUCGUGGACUGCCACAACCACGUGGUUCCACUUUUCCGGACCUCCGUGACCCCUCCGAAAGAGGAUUUUCCAUUGAGAGUGAUCCACAAG